GUUGGACCCCUCUUGGCCACUGUGGUUUUGUUGGACUUGGUGGGAGGACAGAGGCUCGCGGAACCAAAAUGCGCGAUCCCCUGCCCUGUCCCCAGAUCAAAUUCAAAAUCGAAAUCGCGUAGACCCCGUGCUGACGCCUGUGCGUACCAGUCGCCUUCGGCAACUUCAUGCAUGCGCUCCUUGGCCUGUAUUGUUGGGAGUUCUUCACCUCCCUCCCAUUCGAUUGGGAUUACAUCUCGGGCAAGCGCAAGUUCAGAUGGCCCAUGAUAUUCUAUUUCGCCGGCAGAUAUUUCCUGCUGUUCGCGCUCAUUGGCAUCGCGAUCGCGCUUGACGUUACCAAGGAGGUCAAUUGCCAGGCGUUGUACACCUACAACCAGGUAUUUGGUAACUCAGCGAUUGGUCUCGCGAGCAUCAACCUUUCCAUUCGGACGAUGGCUGUGUGGUCGCAGGCGUUGUACAUAGUCAUACCCCUCACCGCGGUCAUCCUCGGACACUGGUCGCUCCUUUUGCAUGGUAUCUAUAUCAAGGCCGCAUGGAUCCCCGGCCAAGGGUGCGCGAUCACGAACACGAACAACAAGCUCCUCGCCGCCACGUUCAUCUACUCCAUGGCCUUCGACUUUGCCGUGCUCAUGCUGACCGGGUGGAAGCUCGCGUUCCCGGGCAACAGCCGCCGGAAGCAGAGCAAGAUCAUGCAGCUGAUCUUUGGUGACGGCUUGAUCUACUUCUUUGUUGCCUUCCUGGCGAAUCUGCUGGCGACGAUAUUCAUGUUGUUGAACCUGAACCCCGUCAUGUCGAUCAUCGCCAACGUCCCCGCGGCAAUUGCGUCCACCAUCGUGGCAUGUCGUGUCGUGCGCCGGCUCGCGACGUACACGUCCUCUGGUGUCGAAGUUUACGGCUCCGGCGGAAAUUCGACGAUCGCGUUUAGCAGCGGGAAUCGCAGCCGCACGGUCAACGCGACGGUGUCUCUGCCAGCCAAGAAGGACGUGGAGAGCGGUGUGCACGUGCAGAUGGAGACGUUCGCGAACAUCUCGGACGACGUGCAGUCGGACCCGAGCUUCCUGCAGUACGACGCGACGGGGAGGGUCGUGAAGAGCGACGUGGAGAGCUACAUCGCGGACAGCCCGACGAUCGCGGGGGACGACGAGUACAAGCGGCCGGAGUACUGAACAUACUCCCGGGCCCACCCUCUGCUUCAUUUCCCGCGCUGGCCGCAUCUACGCACCGUGUGCGCGCAUCCUCGCUCCCACUGCUUUCGUCAUCCCCUCCCACAUCGCAUCCGCGCUCCUCGCACCCGCAUCGCAUCGUCGUUCUUGUUUUCGCAUCGUCACCGUGCUCCCACUCUCACUCCCACCGUCGCCCGCCCAUCAUCCGCAUCCACAUCCGCAC